AUGCAAGUCCAGUGCCGCUUUAAGCAAUAUUCGCAGGGCAAGUUCUUGCUUCACGAAGCACUGGCGUCUGGAUUGCUGAACAGCGAUUACAACGGAGGCGUGGGGGCCCACGAAGUCAUGCAGCGGAACUGUUGCGGGUACCUGGCCGCGGUAGAGGCCUUUAAACAAGCAGUGCCGGAGGAAUUUGCGCGCCAAGAGCUCCCAGCACUGCAGAAGCAGUUCUUCCAGAAACACAUGGACCGAGACUUGCAGCAUUUGUUGGAAAGCACAGUGCCGCCGAUCCAAGUGGAGAGAUUGCCGCAGUUUAAGAGCUGCAUCUUCAAGUACAAGAGGAAGGUCAGUGAGCAACAAGAGGCCGAAGCCGAGAAGUUACUUGGCAUUGGUUCUCGCAUUUUCUCAAGAGCACAAAUGCCAUACUCAUUCAUCAUCAGGCUUCGGAUCGAGAUGGAGCAUGUCACUCUGAAGCAGAAGUUGGUGGCGGUGCAAGCGGACUUAACAGCCAUGGUGGGAUGGGCCCAGAGGAAGCAGGAUGAUUCAAACCGUCAAGGCACGUUGGAUCACAAGUAUGUGAAAGACCGAUAUGAUCGGGGUGUCAAUGCAGUGGCGAACUUCUGUUCUUCCAAGCACCACAUUGUCGCCCAAGAGGAUUUCGGAGGCACACACCAGGAGGAAGUUGCCACCUCAGACUCAUUCUGCUGCAAGAAAGGAUCGAACUAUGUGGAUGAUGCCAUUGAUGUGGCCAAAUCAAUUUGUUCAGCAAGUUCCAGAUCUGCUUUCCUGCUGCUGGAGCCAGUUGUUCAUGCUGGGGUCAGCCAGAUGGCACUCGUUCAGAAACGGCGACGUGCUCACGACAAGAUUUACACGUUUUUCGACGUCCGUGAAGGAGCCAUUGUCUUCAAGGUUCGUUCAACAUUGAGAAGGUUCACCAGGGCCAGAGUGUGUGGUCGCAGUCAAAAGCAAUGCUUGGCACCAUCGGCCCUGUUCAGAGGGCGAGAGUAUGCGACCUUCGAAAUUUUGAUCCCGAUCGGGCUUUGGCGCCGACUCACCGAGUUUCACGAGUUCAGCCAAGCAGUGUGGCAGAAGCAGAAGACCGUCUUGAAUGGUGGUGCUGGGUUGGAUUGGCAUUUCCUGGGCUUUAUCACUCAGGACGAAUAUGACGACAGCAGGGAUGUGGUUUUGUCUCGCGAAUGGUGGGAUCAUUCCACAGAAGCUGGGCCAAAGCAGAGGAUCCGUCAAGCUUUCAGUGAAGCCAGACCAACACUGGAGGUCUUGUGUCUCAAGGAAGGUGCUUUGGCGAGCCUUGCACUGUGCCUAAGGAUUCCGGAUGCACUUGCAGAGUCACUUCCCACUGACUCAGACGAGCUUGGCGAGCAGAUUGGAAAGGACUUGAAAGCCUUCAAUGACAAGUGGGGCCGUACCUUGCGCGGCGAAGGAGGGACAUCACCAGCUGCAGGAGCCCAGACUGGUGGAACUGGAUCCCCUACUCCUCCUGCCCGUUUGCUGUGCCGACCGGUCUUCGAUGAGACAGAGAGACCCAUUGAUGUGAACAAAGAGUACACCUUUCCAGAGGAGGCAGUGGUUCCCAUGGAAACCCUCACGGAGAUUCUUGCAGGUGGUCCAAUCUCGCGCCAGAAUGCUGCUGGCAUUCACGUAUGGGUCGGGGGUGACUUCAAGUUGUACUUGGUCAACACAGGAGAUGUUGAGUGCGCACUGGGCCCUGGCGAGCUCUUUGGCUUUAACACAGGAACUUUCAGCGAGAUGGUGAGUUCCAAUGCACGUUGCUCGAAGGAUGUCCUGCACUUUUGUAUCAAGUUGGACAGUGACACCGUGGUCUAUGAGAAGGCUGCCGUGUCGUUGGCCGAUCUCAUUUGUGAUUUGGCUGGCGAGCGGGGAGUCAUCGACAUCCAGAUGCAGGACCACAACCUGAAACCUGUUACGGAGGUGAACGGCUCUCCGAAGACAUUUCGGUACGAAGUCAUCGCGAAAACGAAAGGCAUGGUUUUCACGCCGAAGAAGCUGGCUCUGGGAGAUUCCGAGAAUGUCAUGUCGGUCCGCGGCACCAUGCUGGGGGCAUCCUUUGCUGAGAACUACAAGCAGCUGCCGAAGACAGACGUUGCCCGAACGCUAUGGGAGGUGAGCUUUGAGCAGAGCGUGCCGGCCCAGAUCUUGCCGCGAAAGCCCAAGUUCUGGCUGCUUGCCAAUGUGAAGUUGCGUCCCAAAAGUGCUCAUUGCAUCCAAGUAUGA